GUGUACCUUUUCAUGAUUGGAUAGUGUUCCAUUGUCCGGAUUCUCAGAAGCCAACAUUUUUUUCUUCCUUCUUGCAGAAACCAAUGGUUCUCUUACCCUUCCUAGCAAGCUUUUGGGAUUCUUCCGCAGGCUGGCCAUUCUGCUCAAGAUCAUUACCUUAAUUCCUCUCAUAACCCUGAACCAUUACUUGUCGGCUUAUCACCUUCCAAUGAUGCUAAACUUUUGCUGAUCUGCCUCCACCAUUGCAUUUGUUCUUCAGCUUAUACUCUCGAAUUUUUAAUUGAACCCUUCUCUAUUCUUUCCUGUUCACCGAAACAAAUCAUGUCUUGCAAGCAUCUGUCGAUAGAUUUCAUGUCCUACCUUCUUCAUCUUCCCAGAAGGAUGCAGUUGCAGUUCUUCAACUGCCUCAGCCUCAGCUUCUCUUUCAGCUAGUUGCUGUAGUCGUCUUCGUAGGGGGGUGUGCUAACAUGGCCUUCUGUUUCCCGGCCUUGAGGCUGGGCAAGAAGAACAGGGCCAGUUCAAUCACUUUACCUUCCUCUCCUCCCGCUCCUCCUCCCUUCUCUUCUUCUUCCUUUCCUUCUUCCUCCCGGUGGCCCAAGUGGAACCACUUGUCUUCUGAAAUGGAGAUCAUGGAAAGGAAGAGAUGGGACAGCUUGGAAUCAUGGUCGAUGCUACUGGACCCAGGGAAUGCCGAGAACUCCGAGGCGAAGGCAGGAGGGGAAAGAGAGGAAUGGAUGGCUGAUCUUUCACAACUCUUCAUCGGAAACAAGUUUGCUUCGGGCUCAAACAGUAGGAUAUAUCGAGGCAUCUACAAGCAACGGGCAGUGGCCGUGAAGAUGGUAAGGAUUCCGGAGCAGGAUGAGGAGAAGCGAGCGACUCUCGAGAAGCAAUUCAAUUCUGAAGUUGCCUUCCUUUCGCGGCUUUAUCAUCCAAAUAUAGUGCAGUUUAUAGCAGCCUGCAAGAAGCCUCCCGUGUACUGCAUCAUCACAGAGUACAUGUCUCAGGGAACUCUAAGGAUGUACCUCCACAAAAAGGAGCCCUACUCGCUGUCGACCGAGACGAUCCUGCGAUUAGCCCUCGACAUCUCUCGAGGGAUGCGGUAUCUCCAUUCGCAGGGUGUGAUCCACAGAGACCUCAAGUCUCAUAAUCUGCUCCUCAACGACGAGAUGCGAGUCAAGGUCGCAGACUUUGGCACCUCCUGCCUGGAGACGCAGUGCCGGGAAUCCAAGGGAAACAUGGGGACCUAUCGUUGGAUGGCGCCGGAGAUGAUCAAGGAGAAGCCGUAUACUAGGAAGGUGGACGUGUACAGCUUCGGCAUCGUGCUGUGGGAGCUCACCACUGCUCUCGUUCCUUACCAAGGAAUGACGCCGGUGCAGGCUGCCUAUGCCGCUUCAGAGAAGAACUUGCGGCCACCGCUGUCGACGACCUGUUCACCUGUGCUCAACAAUCUCAUAAAGAGUUGCUGGUCUGCAAACCCGGCAAAGCGACCAGAUUUUAGCUAUAUCGUGUCGGUGUUGGAGAAGUUUGAUGAAUGCCUUCAGGAAGGCCUUCCUGUUCUUGUGCAGCAGGAACUGAGAAUUGGGAACUCGCUUCUCAAACUCUUCAAGGGCUGCAUUGCACCAGCUUCGUCCAUACCAGUGCAAGCCUGACAGUCAAGUCGAAGAAGCAUUAUAGCUCUCUCUCUCUCUCUCUCUCUUACUUAUGACAUCAGUGAGCGAUGGGUAUUGUAAUCCAGCAAUGGUGAAUCAUUUGAGCAUUUUAUUGCUUUAACCAAUCUAGAAAUCGAUUAUAAAUCAAGAUAGCAAAUGCUGAGAUCUGAAACAUUUUUUUGUUAUCUGUAAGUGUAAGAUAGUGUUCUGUAUCAUAAGAAAUAGUUCA